GCUUGACCUUCACUGUACUGCGAUAGUCAAGGAGCGCUGGUCAAAUAUCUCGUAUUCUGUCGCUUUGAGACCGCUCUGUGUCCGCCCAAGCGAAUCCGAUCCCCCUCCUCUUCCACAUGGCUCCGACAAGUGAUAAAAGCAAGCCGAGCAAAUCGCAUGGGCGCGACCGUCGUUCCAAGUCACGAAACACAACUCCGGUUCCAGUUUCCGUCACUGUUGAGCCGACCCACACAAGCCUGUACCUUAACACUUCACUCAACCCUCUUAUUGUGAACCCCACCAUAACACUCGAAGAUGUAUUGGAUAGAAAUGGCACCAGCCCAAACAUCCCUAGCUCGGUUGCUCUUGGAUCCAUGCAAGACAAGAUUAAAGAUUCAUUUGUGAACCAGUUGAAACAACGCGGAGAAACUUGCGACCGUGCGCUGAGGGAAGUCACGGCGAAGAGGAAGGAGCAUGAGGAGCAAGAGCGGAACAAAGAGAGCCAGAAUCUAGAGGCCGAAGAGAGGAAGCGCAAGCUCAAGAAGAUGAGUAAACGAGCCUCAGAGGAUCGGCCACUGGCAGUUGGGGCCCACGGCCUGGCGAGGCAAGAUGGUGUUGAUGUUCACAAAGAAACCUCUUCUUCGAUAUCAUCUCCCGUGUCCCAAGCUCCACCCUCCGCAGGCACCGCUCCAGCAGAUGGAGCCCCCUCACCAACGAAUUCUGAUGCCUCGCAUCAACCACCUCCAAUGAAACCAGUUCCCAAGUUCCAAACCUUUGGUCCAAAUCCAGUCGAGUUCGAUGAUCCCACUGUAUACCAUAUCCGAGAUAUCACACCCGGCAUGUCCGACGAAGAGAAGAAAGAGAUUCUGUGUGUGAACGUUUUCCCGAAGAGCGACCUGCACGACCUCACUGCUGGCACUCCGCCGGACCAAGACUUCAGUGCUGGAAAGGCCCAGUCGCAGGUAACAGCGACGGCGUUCGGACAUUAUGUUGAACCAUACAUUCGGCCACUGACCGAAGAAGAUGCAGCAUUUCUCAAGGAAAGAGGUGACCGCAUAACCCCCUUUGUCCUCCCACCGCGCGGUCCUCGCAGCUACAAAGAGAUAUGGGCUGAGGAAGACGGAGGAAUGGCAAUUGACCCGUCAUCCGAACAUUAUCCUCCGUACGACCCUCGCGGCUCAUACGAUCAGAUGGGCGAUGACCAGCUAGAGCAAAACAACAUCUCGGUAGGCCCGGUCGUAUCCCGUCUGCUCGCCACGCUUAGGCCCGAGCGACGCGAGUCUACCAACGAGCCCAACGGCGUCAACGGUGACUCCGGCGCUAUGGAUAUCGACGGAGAAACACAACAGCCACCGAAUGGUCUCUCUCCUGCAACACAUAUGCCAGAGUCCGAGGCUCCCGGCUGGAAAGCUCCACCUCAGGUCGGCAAAGGCGACUACCAAAGUCUCGACGAUCGAAUGUUGCAGGAGCUACGGUACAUAGGUUUCUUGGCACCGGAAGACACUCCAAACUACGUCGGCCACUACGACGAUGAAGUAGCCGCUCGCCUGCGCCUGCUUCAGUCCGAACUAAGAAAACAAUCCAUCAUUAAUGGCGCGCGCAAAGCUCGCAUCAGCGAGCUGACCUCGGAUCGCAUGGCAAUGCAGGAAUACCAGCAGAUCGCCGACGACCUCGACAACCAGCUCAACGCCGCCUAUCUCAAGCGCAACCGGAACAUGGGCAAGGGCAAGAAGAUCCAGAAACGCCCCGGCGGCGCGGGCGGUGGCAGUCACCCGGUUGCCGGUGGCACACAACGACCUGCCGUCGGUGAGCCCAUUCGUAUGCUCAUGGACAGAAAGGCUACGUGGAACAGCGUCAUCGGUCCGGUCGUCGAUUAUGGAAAGGCGAAACUGCCCGAGGAGAGCAUCUUUAAGGAAGAAAUCAUGCGCGAGUAUAUGCGCAAGGAAGAAGAGGGCUGGAACGAACAGGAGGAGUGAUUGCAAUUUUAUAGGAAUGAUGUGCUCAUGGCACUGGGGUGGUAAAUGUGUGUGUGUGUGUGAAUAAAAUGCAUAGCGCGGUGCUUGGGUAUCGAUCUUGUUCUGGCGUGCGUGGUCAACGAGUCAAUGGGAUCGAUGGCCCCAACGAAUUUAGGUAAUCA